AUGUCUGCCCCGGCUUCCUCGCAGGGCCAUGCGAUUUCGCGAGCCUCCGAGCGAUCGUCUACCGCGAGGGGGCGAAACGUGCGCGGCCCUGUCGUGCCGUCGAUACCGGAUCUCAAGUACUUUGAUCCCUGCGGCGCCACGGCAUCCAUGUUUCUAUAUGUCCAGGGCACAUCUGUCGUCUGCUGCCACCACGACUCAUUGACAAUCGAGCGCCGAUUUACCGGCCACCAGCACGAGGUCUUGUUGCUCGCCAUCGACAACCAUAGCCAGUACGGUGGGGGACGCAUAGCUGCCAGCUACGAUAGCAGCAAAAGGAUGAUUAUCUGGGAUCUCAUGACGGGUGAAACGCUCAAAAACUUCACUGCGGUGUCCGAUUGUCAAAUAACCGCGAUUACCUGGAUGCGCAAUGGCAAUUUGGCUUUUGGUGAUACCUACGGCACCAUUACCAUAUUCGAGAUUGCAACUUCAGAACACAUGAGCACCAAAACGUUGGAGCAGACGGCAAUCACGGCUUUGGCUCCGUCGCAAGACUGUCUAACAUUUGCCAUCGGAUUCCAAACUGGUACUCUUUUAAUUGCUCGACUUCAGCCUCGCUUCACCAUCAUGCAUAACUUGACAACUUCUAGAGCACCAUCGCCUGUCAUUAAUUUGUCUUGGCAUGCCUCUUCGUCUCGACAAAAGUCAGAAAUGCUGGCCGUGCAAAAGCACGAUGGUGACUUGCGAGUUUGGAGUGUCACCAAGGCAUAUAAUAUUGAAGACCCUGCCAAGGUUGUACGAAUCUUGCGCAAGGCAGAAGCCCUCGAAAAUGGCUCCAACUGGAUGGGUUGGUCCAAGAACGGCCGUGUCAUUCAGUUCUCUGACAGCGAAACCCUGUCUUGGGAUGUGCGCACAAAGCACGUUACAUUUGACUCGAUUCCUACUCUUGAGCAUGUACGCGGUAUGGCGCUCUACGGACCUGGCGCAAGUCUCUUCACGGUCGGGCCCAACGGCACCGUGCAGCAAUUCGAUCUCAACUCGCCAGCAAUCAUGGUCGCGAAUGUCCAACACCCCACGAGUCAUCUGCCGCCUUCGCCUCCAAACUCCAUCGAAGAGACUGCCAAUCAAUCUGUCCAUUCCGCCACGACAAUACAUACGUCGGAGUCGGAAAGCUCUAUGAGCUCCGUUCCCGUCGAGAUGAAUGUUUCGGAGAGUGACGAAGACCACCUCUCGCCGUUUGCACGCAUUGCUCGUGGCCAGGCGCAUCCUGACUCUGGCAACGAGACGUACGAAUCAGCAAGCCCUGUUUCUAGCAGAAGUGGUCUCUCUUCCUCCCAAUCAAAGUCUUCCGCCGCCUCUGCCGCCUCUGCCGGUUCACGUACACCGGGUCGACACCCCGCCUCUAUUCGGUCGCAAAACACCUACAUCUCGGCUGGAACCUCACUAAGAUCUUCUACUGUUGGCCGUCAACAGGACAUUGAUGCGUAUUCUAUGGGGUAUUCUCUGGGAAGCACGAGUGUAGCGUCGUCGCGCUCUCGCCAACGCCCAUCUAGGCUGCGUCACGAGGUCCCACGAAGCCCCGAUGACAACAAGGUCUACGACUUGUUCAAAUUCACCAGGACACGACUGAGCGAUAUUCCAUACAAGCACCCGAUGAAUGCUGACAACUCACGUCUGACCAACGACGAUCUGAGAAGGCAGAUGCUGAGCACCAUCUUUGGCUGGCAUGCAGAGGUUGAAGGCCUCAUCCGUGAUGAGAUGAGUCGACACCCGAGCGGAUCUUCUAGCCGAAUUCUCCUCGGCAAAUGGCUAGGCGACAUGGAGACGGAUGCUAUGGCUGGCAGCGCCAAAGAUAUGACUUCUUCUGAUUGGAUGUUGUUUGCUCUCAGCGGCAUAGGAAGCGCUGCGGGACAACAAAAGAUUGGCCGAGUCUAUGUGCAGCGACUAUUGGAAAGCGGCGACAUUCACGUUGCUGUUACUAUUAUGCUCGGCAUGGGCGACCAUAAUGACGCCAUUGAGAUUUACAUCUCGCAUAAGCGAUAUAUGGAAGCACUUAUCCUGACUUGUCUGACAUUUCCCAGCGUUUGGGAACGUCAAGCAGCCAUCAUUAGGAAGUGGGGUGAAUGGGCUGUUCAACAUCACCAGCAGCAGUUGGCGAUUCGAUGCUUUGCUUGCACGGACCAAGAGUCCACCGAGCCAUGGAGAUCGCCGUCUGCAGUUCAACUCAAUUUCCAGAGCAUAACCCCCAGCAUCCCCGAAAUUCUCAGCCCACCACUGUCACCCCCGGGAGUCCAACGCGGACCCCAGCGAAGUGUUGCCAAAUCCUCUGCUCUGAAGCUCAUCACUUCAUUUGGCGAUGUCAACCAAAAGGCCAAAUUUUACGCUAAUAUCGACGACGGACAGACCCCCAUCGCGGCGGGUGUCACACCAAUUGCAGACUCGGCCAUUUCUCCAGGUGGUUCUUACGAAGCGGCCACAGCAUUUUUGCGCCCAUCGAACAACAGUCGCUUCAACACGCCUACCUCUGCACGGCCCAACGGCUCCUUGACGAGCCGUGGUCGCCUUCCAUCCAUCGGAGAGGCUCCCAACGACAUUAAUCGUGACAAUUUGGCACGCGAAGCCAGUAGGCAUGGGCGCGGCGGCCACUCCCGGAUGGUGUCUGCCGACUACGACAACAUUGCUGCCGGAAACUCGCUUGCACGCGCUUCCACAGCUAGCCCCAUGAUGAUGCGCGACCGAUUUACCCGCGUGGUUUCAGACUUUCAAGGUGGUGAGCGCCCUCCUUCUCCUGAUCAAAUGGUCAUGGCGCGUAUGCAAGAAAGCAAAAGCAAUGUGCGGAACGGUUCAAGGAGCCGAAUUCCUGGCGGCAAGCUUCUUGAGCUGCAGCCCAUUGGCCAGCCCACAAUGAACGACCCUGCAUCCCCAGAGCAGUCAGUCACAUCAUCCACACGAUUCCACUGGCCUACAAGGCGUCGCGGCCCCGGAUCUGUCGCCAGCUCCAUUACUUCGACCUCUAGUGCAGGUCGAAGCUACAGACAUGGACGACAAAAGGAUGACUACAUCCAUAGUCUCGAGGCUGCCAAGCAUUAUUCCAACCGAGCCCGAAGCCGAGGGCACAGCAAAGAACGACCGCGGGAGAGCUCUAGGACUCGCCAAGGCAGUCGAGAGGGACGGGACAGAUCUCGAGAGCCGUCGGAGGAUCGCGGACGUGCCUCAGCUCGGAGCUGGGUCAAGCCGAAGCGUUCUCCCACAUCUCCGAUCCCCAUGUCUCCAGAAGACUUGGCCAAUCUGACCACGCCAAAGUUCUUUGAUGCAGCAGAGUCCACCACCUCACGAAGAUCAGCCAAAACUAGAACCAAGGGCUCAAGUCGCACAUCAAGUCGCGGCAGCAAAGGCCGCAGCCCUGACAGGAAGCGACAGCCCUUGGCGGUCGACACGCGUGGACGAAGCCAAGGCAGAGAGAGCGUCAAGGCUCGGUCGCCCUCGUCGCCUGUGCCCUUGUCGGCAAGCAUCAUGCAUUUGCAAGGCUCUGACGACGAAGAGGAUCUGAAGCGAGCCAUGGAGGAACAGGAAGCUUUCAGAGCCAAGCAUAGCCGGAGUGUCGGCCAGGGACUCAACUCACCUGCAACGUCUAGAAGAGGGACCUCGGAGUCAAGACCACGUGAGUUCACUAUUCCGGACCUGCCGAACGAUCCGUCACUUGUCGGUCGUCCGCCACGCGCCGCGUCCACGGUGCAAGUUGGAGACUUGCGCCAGGUCAAGGACGAGCGAAUGAGGCGCAAGGAGCAGGCAGCUCGCGAACUCGAAGAGCGGCGAAAGUCACUUGCAAAGCGGGCACACACACCCGGCAUCUUGCAUCCAGACGAAUACGCGCCUGCCACCGCGACCAUUUACGAGCGUGUAGGAGUCGAGACUUCUGAACCCAAGCCUUUAUCCGACGACUUUCCUCCCAGGAGCGCAACAGAGCCCCCGAAGAACAUGUAUGCUCGCGGCGCGAGCCCGAUGAUAGGAUUACCGGCCACGCCAAAAGCUAUGCGACUCGUCUUGUCCAACGGAAUGUCCAGUGGCCAUAAUGUCCCGCCUGUUCCAUCCCUGCCGGCCAAAGAACCGCAGGAAGUGAAGCCAGCUGCCCAUGAUGAGGCACCAGGACUGCUGACGCUGCUGCCAUCGACUGUGUAUCAGCCGCCAGCGCGGCCGAUGAUUCCACGGAGCAUGUCGGCGCCAAUCCCCGACGACCCACCGCAUUUCCGCAGGAAGAUGAGCACGAGCGGCAUCCCUAACAUUGAUGCCGUCGUGCGAGGUGGUGAACGUCGUCGGUCCAACGAGGAGCCUCUUCCGCCUCCGCCCCCCCCGGCUCCCAUCAUGCCACCCAUGCUAAAGGAGCUUCAACACCUGGCAAAGCCGCCGCCGCCUCCUCCCGCGCCGCUGCCUCACACGAGGCCACACUACGGACCCGGCGGAGCCGUCGGAUCCGGAAUGAUUGAGAUUGUCAUGGACGACGACGAGCAGCCACCGGUUGCUGCGCCAAACGACAACAUGGUGCCUGUGCUGCCGCCACCGGUGCCGCCGCCGUCGCGCGGCCACAACCGCGGACGCAGCGUCGGCGGCGAGGGGAGUGUUUCGGGCCGCAGCAGACGGGGUUCAGAGCGCCGUAGCCGCAGCCGAAAGAACUCAUCCUACGCCCAGCAGCCUCCCUCCACCCUGGAGAUGCUGAGCGGCGCAGCGUACCAGCAGGCCAAGUCGCCCAUCCUGGCGCCGCCUCCUGUCAUGUACGACCAGGACGCGAUCCGCUCGCCCAUUGACAAGAAGGGCAAGCACAUGUCGACUGGUCUGCAUCGUAGCGAGAUGAUUUAG